CUUCUUUAUUCAUUUCCUUCCUAGUUAGCUAGUUAGUCAGUUCAACCUCUUUAUCCCAUCUUCCGUUGCACUUACUGCAGAGCAACCUCAGUCCUUACGUAGCUCUCCUGAUCUACGUAAUAAAGAUAUAAACCUAUCUCCCUGUUACCUCUUCUGUUUCGUAGCAUCUCAUAUAUACUAUUCGCAUCCAGGCCAAGCACAUGGAGAAGAUUACACUAGUAUUCGACUUGCAAUGGGCGCUCCGCAAGAUUAUCGCCAUGGCUGAGGGUGCCGAGGCGGUGGAUAAUGGCGAAGACGAUCCCAAGUACCUCAACGAGCACGGCCGCUUCCCAGGGCUGGAGGCAGGUUACCAGUUCGCGUGGAGCUUAGCUAGGGAUCAGCUUACUGAUAAGACUGAUGAACCGCGCCGACUCAUCUUGAACCCGAACCCCACUAACAGCUUCCUACAACCACAGGACCAAUACCGAAAAGAUGCCUUUGAUGCUGUGAACCUUGCUGGAGCUGGAAUGAAGGUAGUAUACGACUCACAUGGCUCACAUCACGCCAAACCCAAGGACUUGGGCGAAUGGGCAUACCAUCCUGGCCUCAACGCCUUGUCUGCCAAGCGCACUUUCAUGCGUGAGCUGGGCGCGGUCCUGCUCGCCCAUCCCACCUGGGCUGACUACCUCGACGAUUAG